AUGUGGGCUGCGUUCAUCCUGGUGCCGAUCGCCGUGCCAACAGUCGUGGUGCUGUUGUGGAAACGCGAGACUCGAAAGCGCCUGGAGCACAGCCGGUUGAAUGUGCGCGUUGAACGGGACAGCACAAACGUGGAAUCUGCGACAGGGGGCCUUGUGGCAUUUCUGGAGCUUGACCCCGAAAUCGCGGCCACACCCCCGCUGGAUGGCCUGCGCCUGAUCUCUCUGGGCUCUUACUUUGCCUCCCUUUCGCCCCGCGGCUCCGUGUCAUUCGAGCGCGCGAUCGUCACCAUCGCCGAGCGCUGGGGCUUUGCCGCCGCGCUGCCCCUGGCGCUGUUCCUGCCCCCCGCCCUGCGCGCGGACGGCGACCUGCCGGCCCUGCUGGCCGGGUUCCCCUCGCUCGCGGCGGGGCGGUUUGCAGCGGCGCCUGUGUCUGCGCUGGACCUGGUGGCGUUCAGCCAGGCCCUGGACAAGGUGGUGGCCAGGGCGCGGCGGGAUGCUUCGCGGUCUGGGGGACGACACCUGCAGCAGGGGGGCGAGAACUUGCACAUGCCUGCAGACCAGCAGCAGCAGGAGCAGCAACGGCAGGACCACCAGCAGCAACAGCAGCAGCAGGAGCAGCUGGCUGGCAGCCAUGAACAACGGCGCUGGCGUGUGCCAUGGUUACGGAAGCCGUCAUCCCCUUCCAUGACAGUGCCGGUGCCCGCAAGAGGCUUCGCCACUGCACCCAGGCCCGCCACGCGUGACGCCCUGCGCAGCGCGGGCCCGCUGGACUUGCUGCGGCGCGGCGGGGCAGCUCUUGACCCCGCUCGCUCGCGCGUACCACCGCCCGAGUCCCUGCCAAACCCGCUGCUGCUGACGGCAGCCUCUGUCCACCGCCUCCUGGGCAUCACACCCGAGGACCUGGCCGACACAUCACCGGCGCCAAUCCCGGAAGCUGCACGGAAGCUGUCACCCCUGCUGCCAGACCUGUACCAGGGGGAUGGCCCCGGCGGGCGCGAGGAUGACUCAGCGGCAGCUGGUGACGCCGGCGGGCUGCGGCUGACGCACAGUGCAGCGGCCGCGGCGGUGUGUGAGCUGCUGGCGGUGGUGUUCAACCGGCUGAUGGCCAACGGCGUGAGCGAUGACAAUUGGCCUGGCGGCGGCAAGCCACCCAGGCAGCAGCAAGCUGGCGUGAGAGUAGAGGAUGCCAAUGGGCCGGAGCUUGGGCUGACAGUGCCAGGGUCAAGCAGCGACGGCAGAGGCGCUGGUUCCCUGUUUGGUGUGAUGCUGGUCGAGUGUGGCCCUGUGAUCUACUCUCAGGAGGGCCUGGCGGAUGCACUUGAGGCUGCAGGGCACACUUUGGACGUGGCCCUGAUGUCCAGCCUGACCAGCUUUGGUGUUGGCCUCAGUGUGCACACACCAGAAGUCGGCUGGCAGCAUGUGCCGCUGGCGUUCCCGCUCAGCACGGGGCUGUGGGCCGUGAGCGGCAGCGCCGCACGAGCGCCGCAACACGGCGACAGUGGCGCCGCCGUGCCGCCCGACAUCACCACGCUGAUCAGCCACGCAAGCAUUCGCCUGCGCUGCCGAGGCCCCGCCCUAUGCUUUGACCUGGAGUACUGCCUCGCGGUCACUGGCUUCACAGGGUGGCUCAGCUUUGCCCAGGUGGACCGACCCUGGCUGCUGCACCCGAACUUCACACCCUGCCACCCCCUCGCAGCCACGCCCGCCGGCCAGCCCGCAGGGCCGGUCUCCGAGGCCGCGCCACGCCGCCGGGUGCUGCGCCUGCUCGCAGCGUCGGCAUGCGCGCUCAACUCGGCGGAGCAGCGCGACGGGCUUCUGCUGGGCGGGUACGGGCUGCUGGGCGUGUGCCUCGACAGCAUCGCAGCAGUGCAACAGGCAGCGGCAGGGGUGUGCACGCUGUACCCUCUGCUGCUCGGUGGUGCUGCCAAGGCGGGGCUCAUCGCGCUGUAUCGCCAGGCGGCCGCCGCAGGCUGGGUGUACGCACAGGAUGCGGAGGCCCUCGCGGCGGCCCUGACUGCGCUGCCCUGCGACGCACUGCCAGAGCCAGCCGCGGCUGCAGGCGCCGCGAGGCGCGCGCUCGCAUGCCUGCCAGCCAAGAGCCUGUUUGUGCGCGUGGGGGCGUGCCGCAAGGGCCUGGAGGCGGCGCUCGCGGCGGCACAGGAGCUGGUGCCGUCGACUCAGACGCUGAGAUAA